CGCGCGCGGCCGAGUCGCGGAGGCGCCGCCGCUGCAGUCCUUGCGUGUGCCAGAAUCAUGGCCGACAGCAAGGCCAAGUCCGCCAAGACCGCCAACAAGACACCCCCCAAGUCCCCAGGGGACCCUGCAAAGGACAAGGCGGCUAAGAGGCUCUCGCUGGAGUCAGAAGGUGCCAACGAGGGGGCGGCCGCCACGGCCCCAGAGCUCAGUGCCCUGGAGGAGGCCUUCCGGCGGUUCGCGGUGCACGGGGAUACCAGGGCCACCGGGAAGGAGAUGCAUGGCAAGAACUGGUCGAAACUGUGCAAGGACUGCCAGGUGAUCGACGGGAAGAACGUGACUGUUACCGACGUGGACAUUGUGUUCAGCAAAAUCAAAGGGAAGUCCUGCCGGACCAUCACGUUUGAGCAGUUCAAGGAGGCACUGGAGGAGCUCUCCAAGAAGAGAUUCAAGGACAAGAGCAGUGAGGAGGCCAUACGAGAGGUGCACAGGCUCAUUGAGGGCAAGGCCCCCAUCAUCUCGGGGGUGACGAAAGCCAUCUCCUCGCCCACCGUGUCGCGGCUCACAGACACAACCAAGUUCACAGGCUCGCACAAGGAGCGCUUCGACCAAUCUGGCAGGGGCAAGGGCAAAGCCGGCCGUGUGGACCUGGUGGAUGAGUCGGGCUACGUGCCAGGCUACAAGCACGCGGGCACCUACGACCAGAAGGUGCAGGGGGGCAAGUAGCCAGUCCCCAGGAACAGGGCCUUCCUCUGUUUCUGGCCCCAAAUCACCUCACACUUCUUUACAUUCCUGAGCUCGCUGGGGCAGAACUCAAGACGCCAGGGCGGGUGGCUGUGGGUGACUCCCAGGACUCUCUCUCCUGCCUGGGGCCCCCGGUGUGCUCCUCUCCUGCCCCAGGUGUGGUCCCUGAACUCACUGACCUUUUUCUAAUGCACCUGCCUCGUCCCAUGUUGGGAAGUCAACAAAUGGUCAUUUCCAAAUGUCUCCCAGGACCAGAACACACAGGCCACCUGAUUUGCAGGUGAAAGGGGUGUUUUGAAGGAGCAGGUGGCACAGACCCUGUCAGAGGUGGUGCUAACCUCCUGACUGGCAGAUCCCUCCCAGGAGCCAUGUGGGCAACAUGCACUAACGCACUAACCUGCAGCACCAGCGAGAUGAAAUGAACCUCGAACAGGACACAGCAGCAUCUGUGAGGGCUCCAUGCAGGUGUGCGACACACAGGUGCAUGUUUGCACAUGCACACACACGCCCAUGCAUACACACCCAAGCACUCACAGACACACAUGCUCAUGCGUACACAUACACUCACACACAUGCUUACGCACGCCUACAGACCAGGUCUGUGCUGAGGGUGGUCUUGUAAGCAAAGGCUGGUGUGCAAAGGAAGGUGAGCCAGUAGAAGAAAGCUCCUCGGUAGGCCAAAGGAAAAUGAUCUGAAGUGUGAAGUUCUAAGUUCUUAAAAUGGAAACCAAGGAUGGGUCAUUUCAUUUUGCUUUUUAAAGAAAAGAAGAAAAAGUGACUGUGUUUAUUCUCAGAAUGGGUCAGGGAUGAUUCAGAAUAUCCCGUUUCUGUGACUUUCUUUCCCUGCCAUCCCUGCAUCUCCAGGCUGCAAGACCCUGUUGGCCCCAAGGCUCCCCAACAGGCAGGCAUGGGACAGGGCCCCUUCUGCCUGUCCCCUGAAAUAGGGGCCUUGCAGCUGCAGGUUGACAUGGCUACUUCCUCUUUGCUCACAGUGCAGCACACUGCAUCUCUGCAGCUCCAGCCUCUGCAGUAAUUCUCGCUGUUCUGGACUCCCAACCGCAGAGUGUAGGAAACCUCAUGACAAAACCAGGCCAGAAAGGGCCCCUCUCCGAGGCCCACGGCAUUGGCUUUCACAGCAGCCACAGGCGACACUUCCACUUGCAAAAAUGCAGCCACAGCCUGUGACCUGGUGGGCCAUCUGGUCCUGAGCCGGUCCUUGGAAAAGCCCACGACAGCCUCAGGAAAGUGCUUCCUGGAGCUGGGCUGCCACAGCCUCUGUCUGCCCUGCAGCCCCUUCCUGGACGUGUGGCCUGGCCCAGCAUAGGCGGUCGAAAAGUGGACUAGCACUGCUGUGGCACAUGCGCCGGUCACCGUCGGGGCUGGGGGAGGCCGCCCACUGCUGGCUCAGGGCCAGCACUCCCAGCUGACGUAGCCGCUCCAAAGCGAUGGUGUCUCCGCCUGGCUCCUUGCACACUGACCCCCCCUCACCACCCAGGGUGGCCUCAACUCAUGGAUGGAGGUGACCUCUGCAGGCAGUUCCUUUCUGAGCCUCUGGGGGCUCCCAGCAUGUGACAUUAGAACUUCGGAGACAGUGGAACACAGGCUCCAUCCCUUUUAGGGUUAAUCUCACGGUUGUCUGGAAAGUUUCUAACUUGGGGAUCCUAAGCUGCCUGACUAGGCCACUCCACAGUGGGGAAACUGAGGCCCAAGGACUCGGUCAAAGGCAGACAGGAUGCCAGACCGCCACCCUGUGCCUGUCUCUCCUCCCCCAGGCUGGACCUUUGUGUGAAACCCAAAGGCAAGAGUAACCUGUGGGAAAUGCAUCUGAAGACAACUGAACAUGCAAAGCACUUCUUGACAACAAGAUGAUCACAAACCACAGCCUGCCUUGUGUUCCAGCGCCUGCAGGGUUUCUAUCAGGGGCCACAGAACAGGGCUUCGCUUGGGGCCUGAGACACUGCUGUGGAAGAACGCCCACCACCAGGGGCCGCUGGUUCCCUGGUCUGAGGCUGCUUUUCUUCUGCUCAUAAAGAGCCCAGUCCCCAUUGUCACAGACACUGAAAUCCAACAGGACGUCAGCAAGUACAGCGUGCAUGCCGGCAAGGGCAGAGAAACAGGGUCCCCAUGCCACAAACCAUACAGAGAUAGAUGUCACCUGGGUCUGCCGUGGAUGCAAGCCCUUCUCAGCCCCUCCUUGCCUGCUGGACGCUGGAGAGAGGUGCCUGACACCAGGACUUGGUCUCCUGCCCCAUAGCAGUCUUCAGGCAAGGAGAGCGACCACACGGAGGUUCCAACCCCAGCUGAGGGCCAGCCUGCCAGGAACACACUGGGAAAGUGAGGUCUAAGCAAAAGAAAGAAUGAGUGCCCUGCUGCAGCACCCACAGUCAGCAGCAUUCUCCCAUGGCGCCCACACCAGAACUGGAGCCCCCCAUCUACCCGUGAGGCAGGCCCCAGCCUGCGGCGCACCACCCACCUCAGGCUGGUGGAGGUGAGCUACUUGGUAAGAAACUGCUGGUCCACUGCUGAGGAAAAUUUCAAAAUGCUCUGCUGAUCCUGAUAGCAGCAGCUUCUCUUUGGGUUUUAUGAAUGAAAUCGAGUGCACAUAGCUGCUCUCCCUUGGUGACCCUCCCCAUCCCAGUCUGGCUAAGCUCAAGGGAGACCUUCAUGCCCUGGGCCCAACUCCCCAACACGCUAGGUCAAGCAGCCUGGUCCCGCUGGCCACAGAGGCACUGCGGUGCCCCUGAGUCCCCUGCCCAUCCCCAAGCUUUGUCAGACACAUACACACAGGCCAGGACGUAUGUUUCUCCAGUCAAAGUAUAGCUCUGAAAACCUACCCUCCUCUUUUUGUCAGAGAAGGGGGAAAAAGGGGUAAAAUUAAGUCAUGAGGACUUAGGAGUCACCAUUCCAUCCAUUUAAAAUCAUCUGGUGAAUGCUUCAUUGCACUUGUGUGUAGCCUCUGAGCAUACACUAGCUUGGACUCCAACUUCACUGCACAAAACAGACACACAUGCAUGUCCCUCCAUCAGGUUCUGAAUAUUGUGAAUACGUAGGCAGAGUGUGUGUCUGUGCUGCAUGUUUUUAUGCAAUGCCAGUCAGCUUCUACUAACCACAGUUAAAUACAAAUAAAACGUCUAUCUGUGAACAAAAGAAACUGCACAACAGGCACCCCGGGAGGCAGGACACGUUCUGAGGGGAGGCCACCCGGGGGCAGGAUGCAUUCUGAGGGGAGGACAGUGCUGAUGGUGUCUGAACACCAGGAGAGAACAGCAGAAGGAGCACGCUUGAAAACACUGAUCAUACCAGAAUACUUAUUUAUUUCUAUUUAACGCAAGUAGGCAGUGGUCAAGAACAGAGUUAAUUUUACCAAAAUUGAAGUUCAAAUUACCUAAGUUUAAAAUAUUAUAGCAAGAUAUAUAUUUAUACUGGAGUAUUUUUACAACUUAAUAGUCUCGAGCUUGAGUUUUGAGACAGAUGAAAAUGAGAGCAGAUGCCAACCCGCUGGGGAAGGGUGUGCAGAGGCACUCUGCCGGCACCGCUGGCUGCCUGUACAUGCUUCUGGCCUCCCUGUCCCCGUGGACGAGCCCCAGGAGGGCCACGUGGCCGUCCGACCCUCUCAGUGGACAAAGAGACUGCAACAGCAGGCAGAGGCUCCCCUACCUGACCUCCUGAGCCAGCACAAUCGCCUGUUUCUAUGAAUUAAGCUUUCAUGGCACAGGCCACGCCCCGCUUAGGUGCUGUCUCUGGCUGCUUUUGCGGCGACACUGGCGGUGGGGAGUUGACAAGAGACACAGUGGCCCAUGGAACCUAAAAUAUGCACCAUCUGGCCCUCGAGGACCCACUUGGGAUCAUUUCUGCCUGGGUAUCUAUACACAAGCUGGCUACUUCCCUGUCCUGCAGCAUACGCCACAUAGGGACACCCUGUUGUCACCUGUUCAAUAUAGUACAGGUUGGCAAUUUAGCUGUACUGUGAAAUUAUCAAUAGGUUAGAAUGUCCUUAAAACAAUGGCCCUGAAUAGUUUCCUUUUACUGAUUUACCACUAACCAUUUUGUGAAAUCUGGUGGUUCAGGGGCCUGGCCUUUGGUCACAGUGCUUAGAGAUGCUUCAGUUAACUCUCUCUCUUCCUGUAGACUUUUGAAACACCAAACCAAGCCAAACAAAGGAAACCCACACAACUUAAGAAACUUGAAAGGGAUCAUAUACUACUAGUUUGUACUAAGUUUUUUCAGGAAAGGGAAAUAAAUUUAUAUAUACAUGCAAUAUAUUUUUACACCGUCUUAUUAAUGUUAGGGAGUACUGAGUGUAUCACUUUAUCAGAGUGAUGGGUACAGUAAUGUCAAUGUCAUGGGUGUUCUGACUCAGAAAGUCUAAACUGCACUCAGUAGGAAUGUCCGUGGGGUUGCGGGGCGCCUGCUCUCCCGCUGGUGGAGUGCGAGGCUCAGAGUCACCUGUCGGGUCGCUGUCGAGGCCUGGCCUAUAAACCUUUAGUGAAACAGCUCAUGUCUGUCUGCACAUCGCUCCUCAUGUGUCCGCUGUUAUUAACAUUGUGUGUCA